CUAACUUUUACUGAUUAAAGAAUGCAAUUUCAAGUGUCAUCACCGUACCAAAUCGGGCUAGACUAACCGGUAUACUGUAACUCCACAAACCCGGUCCGGUUCGGAAGUUGUAAGAAUACUAUAGCCUUUCAAAUCCAAUCCAUUUUACAUGUUCCAAAAUUGAAAUAAACCACUAGAAAGAGUGAACCUCAAUGAUGAUGAUGAUGAUCCCAACCGUUGGCGAGGAAUGAGGGACUUUGUCAUCGUCUUUGGCUCCUCCUCCGUCAUAACCAAUCCUCACCACCACCACCACCGUCGCUGUUACGCCACCUCACCUGAGCCCAACCGGAAAACUAAAUCCACUUCUUCUCUCACUAAACAACUGCCGUCGCUGCCGCAACGACACUCAGCUUCUCCUGCUUCACUUUCCUCGGCGAAUCCUCACUCAGGUCACUUCUCUGACGCCGCUAGAUGGAUUCCAGACGGCUCGGUAGAGUAUUACGCCGAUUUUGCAUCGAAGCUCGCCGAGGAUGGCCGAAUUCAAGACGUCGCCCUCAUCGCCGAGACCUUGGCUGCAGAAUCCGGAGCUAAUGUGGCACGUUUCGCUGCGAUGGUUGAUUAUGAUCUCUUAUCGAAAGGGAUAUCGUUGAAUCUUCGACAAGGGAAGAUCGAGAGCGUGGUUUACACUUUGAAAAGGAUUGAGAAGGUAGGGAUUGCUCCACUGGGCCUCGUCGAUGUGUCGUCUGUGAAAUUAAUGAGGAAACACUUUCGAGCAAUGGCUAACUCUGUGCAAGUGGAGAGAGCUAUUGACCUAAUGGAGAUACUUGCGGGUUUCAAAUUCAAAAUCAAAGAGCUUGUGGACCCGUUUGAUAUCGUAAAGAUUUGUGUUGACAUUUCCAAUCCCCAGUUAGCUAUUAGAUACGCAUGUCUUUUGCCACAUACAGAGAUAUUGCUUUGUAGAAUUAUUCAUGGUUUCGGAAAGAAAGGAGAUAUGGUUUCCGUGUUGACAGCAUAUGAAGCCUGCAAACAGAUUUUAGACACUCCCAACAUGUAUAUAUACCGCACUAUGAUAGAUGUUUGUGGCCUAUGUGGCGAUUACGUUAAAUCGAGAUACAUAUAUGAGGAUCUUCUCAAAGAAAACAUUAAGCCAAAUAUUUAUGUUAUGAACAGUCUAAUGAAUGUUAAUUCCCAUGAUCUUGGGUACACACUUAAAGUAUACAAGAAUAUGCAGAAACUUGAUGUGACAGCUGACAUGACAUCCUACAAUAUACUACUGAAAACAUGUUGCCUGGCUGGACGGGUUGAUCUCGCCCAGGACAUAUACAAAGAAGCAAAGCGAAUGGAAUCUUCUGGUCUGUUGAAAUUGGACGCCUUUACAUAUUGUACUAUUAUAAAGGUUUUCGCAGAUGCAAAGAUGUGGAAAAUGGCUCUAAAAGUCAAAGAGGAUAUGCAAUCUGUUGGUGUAACCCCAAAUACUCAUACAUGGUCGUCGUUAAUCAGCGCAUGUGCCAACGCAGGUUUAGUAGAGCAGGCAAAUCACCUAUUUGAAGAAAUGCUUGCAUCUGGUUGUGAGCCUAAUUCUCAAUGUUUCAACAUCCUGCUUCAUGCUUGCGUUGAAGCUUGCCAGUACGACCGAGCUUUUCGUCUUUUUCAGUCUUGGAAGGGAAGUUCAGCUAAAGAAGCGUUAUAUGCAGAUGAUAUAAUUAGUAAAGGUGGCAUUUUUAGCCCAAAUAAAUUGGAAAAUCAUGGUCCCGGGACUUUGAUGAAUAGCAAUUCUUCACCUUAUAUCCAAGCUUCGAAUAGAUUUUGCUUCAAGCCAACAACAGCAACAUAUAAUAUACUCUUGAAAGCCUGUGGUACUGAUUACUACCGAGGAAAAGAAUUGAUGGACGAGAUGAAGAGCCUAGGUCUUGCACCUAAUCAAAUAACAUGGUCGACUUUGAUCGAUAUAUGUGGAAGUUCAGGCGAUGUAGAAGGUGCUAUACGGAUUUUGAGAACUAUGCAUUCAUCUGGGACCAGACCUGAUGUUGUUGCCUACACAACAGCUAUCAAGAUUUGCGCAGAAAAUAAAAGUUUAAAGUUGGCAUUUUCUUUGUUCGAGGAGAUGAGGAAAUAUCAGAUAAAGCCAAACUGGCAUUUCUCAGUCCAGAAAGUUGAUUCUCAGGUGACCUAUAAUACGCUUCUUAAAGCACGAAGCAAAUAUGGUUCUUUACUUGAAGUGCGGCAAUGCUUAGCUAUAUAUCAGGACAUGCGGAAAGCGGGGUACAAACCUAACGAUCACUUUCUCAAGGAACUUAUUGAGGAGUGGUGCGAAGGAGUCAUACAAGAAAACAGUCAACGCCAAAAUGAAACAAGCGACCAGGAAGGUACUAACUUGGAGAGACCUGUAAGUCUGCUCAUUGAAAAAGUAGCUACACACUUGCAAGAGAGAACAGCCGGAAACCUUGCAAUUGACCUUCAAGGACUUACCAAGGUUGAGGCUCGACUUGUUGUUCUAGCAGUUUUGCGGAUGAUUAAGGAAGACUAUAUGCGAGGUGAUGUUGUAACAGAUGAUUUGUUGAUCAUCCUAGGAACCGGUGAAGCAAAUACCGAUCCGGGAAAGCAAGAGAUUGAUGUGAAAGAUGUUCUAGUAAAGCUCAUAAAAGAUGAAUUGUCUCUUGUGGUUCUUCCUGCUGGACAUGGACAUGUGCUAGAUAUAACACAAGGUGCACGAUAUGCGGAUGAUGCAGACCAAGAUAUAGAGCAUAUUUCACAGAACACUAAGUCGAUUGUUGGCGUAUCCUCAACGAGGAGACCUGCAAUUCUUGAGAGGUUGAUGGUGACAAAGGCGUCUCUGCAUCAGUGGCUGCAGCGCAAAAAGUAGCCGAUCCUGACUGGUACAUAACUAAUCAUCUGUGUAUUGUAUUCAAAUUUCAAACUAAAUUGCAGAAAAUAAUGAUGAAAGAUUGCACAAUAUAUCAGAUGCACAUAUUGUGUUUCUUUAAAAUAAACAAAGGGUUUUCCAAUUUUCCUCUGUAUCUCAAGGUAAAUCAGCUUACAGAUAUCUCCGCAGUUCAAAACAUAAAUUAAAACCAAGUUUCGAUCAUUGCAAUAACUCACAUUCUAGGGGACAGACAAUUACAUGAUCAGAAACUCGAAAUUUGUAGCGUACACUUGUUGUUGGCCUCUAAUAGAACAGUAACCUGAUGAUCAGAGCCAAUCCUGCUGCUGCAGUUUCAGGGGCAAGUAAACUUCCGAUAAAUAUUGGAAACCAAAAGAGCUCAACGCCUGAAUCUCAGCUUUCUGCUUUGUUUUCACCAUCAGGUUAAGUUCCUCGACCCACCCGGGAUUCUUCUUCACAAAAUCUUCCUCUAGCAUAUCCUUCCCUGUCUUAAUAUCCUGCUCAGUCAUCGGCAACCUACACUGUUCAGGUAUCUUAUACUUGUCCAAAUCACUUGGCCUGAUUCCAAGCCACUUGAUGUCAGGCGUAGUCAAGUUUGCACUGUCGUAAGACAUGUUCUUCGACCCGCAGCCAUAAACAGACAAGAUCUUCAACCCGUAAGGGUCACUGUCCACCAGGGCAAGCACCGGAAGCUUAAGCUCCAUUUUCAUUUUCCUCAGGAAUAGCCUUGUGGCUACAUCGGGCUGGCCUUUUGCGGUCACGAUGAUACAGGGGAACCGGUUGUAGAAUCUGUCUUCUGCUAACCUUAUAUAAGCUGCGUCUUUCUCAACUAAGAGUAUGAACAUAGCAUCACUCUGCAUAUCCCCAACACGAUCGAUGUUUGGUGGAAUGGCUUUCCCACCCAUUCCCAUCUUUGUGCAGUCUAUCAUGUCUCCAUUGUCACUGAAUAUGAGCCUUCCCACUACAACACCUUUCUCCGCUGCAAUUACAUUGAGGCUUGACCUCGUGCAGCCGAGCAUACACGAGACAUCGUCCAACACAGCAUCACUCUGUGUCUGGUCCUGAAAAAGCUUAACGUCGGUGUAGAAGAGAUCACGCUUGGUGACGUGAAUGUUCCUGAGGCAGAGUUGGUGGAUAAGGGCGAGGAUUCGAGUGGUGAUGGUGGUUUUCCUGACAGAAGAAACGGAUGCAAAGGGACGGAUGGUAGAUUUGUCUUUCAGCACUAUGCGGUCAAGCUCCGGGACAUAGAGCUGGUUCGAGGCGGCGCGUGAGGGCACGCUGAAGGAGAAUCCAUCGCCGGCGAGGAUGGACCGGGCGAUCUGAACUAUGACUGUCUCUAUAGCUGUCUGCACGGAGGAGAGGGAGAGAUCUGCGACUUCACGGCAGGAAGAUGAGAGAGAGAGGUCGGCUAGGGUUAGUGGUUUCGGUGAGGACGAAGAGGAGGCACCGCUACCGCCGCCGGCGGCGGAGAUUAAAGAAGAGGAAAUAUAUGAUUUGAGAAGCUGCAGGAUAGCGUCAUCUGAUUCCAGAAUGCUUUUGAAAGGAAGAUCCUCCUCUUGUUCAUCUUUAGAUCGCUUGCGCUUCUUUUUAUCGGCCAUUCGUAGACGGCGACGGAGACGCGGCGGAUGAGAGAGCACGGGUACUAACGAUGGCGGGAAAAUUUACUCUUCUGGUAAACGUACCUCGUGAGUGUCAUUUCUAGGGCGAAUUAAGCGA